GAAGCAGCAGCUGUCCCUCACACGUUUGGUAGUUGUGUGUUGAGAAUCAGCAGACUUUGCUGCCCAUCGCCGAAGCAGGUGUUGGGGAAACCUUUAGCCCCCCAGCGUCAUGUGAAACUUACUGGGAGACCUCCCCGUGAGCUUCCUACUCGCAGGAUUUUACACUGGAGAAACUGGACCAUCCUGAGCCAGACGAGGGGAGCUGAAGAGUUUUUUUUGUGGUUCUUCCUGUUCUGCUCAUGAGUGAGGAAACUAAAAACUUGAUGAGGACUGGAAGAAGACACCGAACCGGGAAGGUCUGUAAACGAAGUGUUUGCCUCUUCAAAAGGAGGGAAAAGGAAGAAAACUUUUCACUGAGUGAAUUCUUCCUCCCGCUAUGCUCUUUCUUUGUCACGUUAGCACAAUACUGAAAUACCGUCAGUGACAGUGCCAACUGUCCGCAAACGUAGGGUCUGCCCGACGUCUUAAAGCUUAAGCCUCCACCUGCUCUUGUUCUUCCCUUCGACUCAGCAAUUUCCUGGUGAACCAUCAGCGUGGCUGGACUCUUUGAUCAAUGGCCACAUUGAGAAAGCUUCAGUAAUGACUUGUUUCUGUGGAUGUGCUGCUGUAUGGGUACCAUGCGAGUGUCAUCGUGGGAAAGAGUUCCUCGCUGGAUCACGGUUCAUGGAACAGCCGUGACGCAAGGGACUGUGAACUGCAUUGAGCGUUAAAGUUGUCUCAGGUUGUAGGCUGCAGGCUUCUGGAGGGUAGCACAGAGAGAGAGCUUACUGAAGAGAACCCAAAUGAGACAAGAGGAGCUUCCAUGGAGGUCAGCGUGGUCCCCGAUUUGUUCCACCCCAUGCCGGUGCAGACUUUUACUAGCCAGCCUUCUGUUGCAGGCAAAGUUACUAGCCUAGAUGUACCCCCUCCUGCCUUGCCUUCUGGGGAACUUGCACCCAGCCCCCUGAAGCAAGGGCAGGGAGGCAUCCGGAGGGUGUGCCGAACCGAGGAAGCUACCCCCAGCCCCUUCCCGGACCUGCCGGCAGGGGUGCUGGAAAUGAGGGUCAAAGAAGGAAGCAAGAUUCACAACCUCAUGGGUUUUGCUUUGGCGCGAGUGCAGGGGGAGCAGGGGACCGGGGGUGGCGUCAGGCAGCUGGUGUUUGUGGGCUCAGGACGUGCCGUCACCAAGACCAUCACCUGCGCAGAGAUCCUGAAACGCCGGGUAGAGGGACUGCACCAGCUAACCAAAGUGCAGCAGAAGAUGGUCCAUGAGGUGUGGGAGGGCAGCCAAGACGGGGCAGCCAAGGCGGGGGUGACGGUGCACAGGACGGUGCCCGCCAUCAGCAUUCUCCUCUCCAAAGACCCGCUGGACCCUCAGGAGCCUGGAUACCAGCCGCCCCUUGCACCCGGAGUUGGCUGGGCGCCGCCAUCCAAGAGGGAGGAUGAGAACAGAGACAUCACACAACCGGCGAGCAAGAGGCUACCUGAUGCUCUCCCACACCAACCCAGCUCCAAGAAACCACAUCUAUAGGCAGGACUUCAAUUAACUGAUACCCCGUUCGGGCCAGCUGCACACCUGGGAGAGAAUUGGCACUGACGGCUCUGUCGUAUCCACUCUGCAUGGCACGGUGCUCGAUAAAUAUGUAACAGGGAGACAUGCAAACACGCGCAAAUUGAUUACAAUUGAACAGCCAGAGUCCAUCUGAAUGAGAACUGAUUGCCAGACUCUGAAAUUCUCAUCGCAUUUAUACACCUAGCAGCUCCCCCACGUUAUCUAUUAGGAUUUAUGCCGCACAGGUGCCACCCGUGGUUACUACUGCUACUGCUCUCAUUGCAUUUUAAGCUGCCUGCUGUCCGGAGAGUCUGCAUUUUAAAAUGCAAAACACAUUUGAAAUGCUCCUGCAUCACGAUAGGACGCUAUGUCAUUCAUCUAAAUUAUUUAUUUUAAUAUUUAUUUGCACCCAUCCAUCUCCUAAUCACAUAUGUUGAUCAGGUUAUUUGGACACAUUUUAGAAACGGAAUUAGGUACAAGGUGUUCUCAGAAGACUGAAUGACAAAAAUUAAGCAUAAUAAUUUUAAGUUUUAGUGUGUUCAUAAAUAGCAUGACAAAAACGCUUUUGAUCUCAUCUGUCCAUCCUCCAAAGACAUGACGGCUUAGAAUAAUUUCUAUAUUAAGGACCUAUGUGGAGGUUUUCAUUUUGUUUUUUGUUUUGGUGACUUGCAUGCCGUUUAACGAACUAUCACUGAAACAAGGAUGACUGUGCUAAAGCUAACGUGAAAAGAUUUGUUCUUCAGAAAGAUGCUGAUGUAAGAGAAAGUGUUCAGAUUUGCCAGGGAUUCUGAAAGAGAACUCAGUAUAAAUAUGAGCAUUUGAACGCAGAGAGACGAUAUUUGCAACAGAAUGCAAUAAAACUGUCAAGUCAGUUAAAAAUGCACGCUUUACAGAGCUCUGCGAGAGCAGAACAGUGCCGAUUCAACGCCCUGCAUUACUGAGUGGCCAGUCGUGCGAAUCACCCCGCUUGCUGCCAACGUUUCAACGUGCCUCUCAGACCGCUCUCGGGCUGAAAGCAGGAAGGCAUCGGACAGUGCUAUCGAUCAGGACGCAGGCCAGAGGCACAGUCUGUGACUACGGGGACAGAUUUCAUAAAGUACACCUCAAGCAUCUAUCUUAAAGCGUGCAUUACAAUCCUAGGAGAGCGUGAAUCGACCAACCCCAGAGUGUGUGAAGUGGAUUUUUCUACAUGCUUUGUAAAUCUGUAAAUAGGCAUGAAGUCAAUGCAUUACCUGCCUUUUUCAAUAAAUUAUUUCUGCAUGAUG